AUGGCUAUGGGAAGUGACUGGACGGUGCAAAACUUGGACUUCUCAAGCUGUGGAGAAGAAGAGGAGGGUAGUGACAGCAGUUUGGAUGAAUGGAGCUCCAGAACUCCUCAGAUCCUAAGUCCCAACUCUGUGUGCAGGACUCCCAUAGUGCAGCGUCAUCGCACCAGGAGCAUCACCAUAUCCCCAUCCAUCCCAGUUUCACCGACCACCCCCAUUCCCUAUGCCGCCUGGAGGAAACUGAGGCUCUGUGACUCCCCCAGUACUCCCAAGGUGUGUAGACAUUUAUCAUAUGUAUAAUAUAUGCCAUUUAGCAGAUGCUUUUAUCCAAAGCGACUUAGUCAUGUGUGCAUACAUUUUAUGUAUGGUAGUCCCGGGAAUCGAACCCACUAUCCUGGCGUUGCAAACUCCAUGCUCUAUCAACUUACUACAGAGGAUCAUGCCCUCAUGGAUUGCUUUCUUGAUUUCUUUCAUCUGAAGUUAUUCAUGUGAUCAUGCUUAUUUCAAGUGGUGGAAAAAUCAUCACAUAUUACAUUACAAUGUGUAGCUACCACCAAUGUAAAAUCUUGGAAUUCAGUGCAUUUUUACAGGUCAAAAGGAUUUAUUUCUCCACAUCCCUCUAAACCCAAGAGUCUGCUGUCCAAGUCGACUCUGCCCAGUUCUAGCACCAAGAUAUGCCGCAGUCAGAGGGCCCUGCGCUUCACCACUUCCACUGACCCUGCUCAGUGCAGCCGCAUGCCCUCUGUCAACGUGAACCCCUUCACCCCCGACACUUUCCGCAGGACCAGAGAGCACUACAAGAGGAAGAGUCGGAGGAGUGACCACGAUGAUGAAGACAAUGAUGACUAUGGAUUCAGGUAACCCAACUAAGGGUUGUGAUUGUGAAUUUGAUUGUUUUCUGUGUUUUGGUGAUUUGUUUAAUGGCCUUGCUACCAUGUGCUAUCUGAGUACCUACAGUGUUCUGAGACUGAGUGGGUUUGUGAAGUUAUUGUCAUCUCCUCUUUUAGAAUGAAACCGAGCCAUACGUCAUCAGAGGAGGAUGAUGAAGCAUUUCUCCCGUCCAAGGUACAAACUAUUUUUGUCCAUUGGUUGAACAGUUGGCUCUCUCUCUCCCCUGCCUGUCUACGGCGCAUUUAGUCACUAAGCUCAUCACUUUUGGACACCUUCCACUGUUCCUCUGGCCCUCCUAAUACUCUGCCAUUCACUCUCCCACUUCCUGGUUUUGUCCUCCAUCUGUCUGUGCAGAGGCAGGCUGUCCAGGCUUUCAUGCUGUCUAGGUAUGAGAGUGAAUUUCUGGAGCUUGGACGCAUCGGUGCGGGGGAGUUUGGAGUGGUGUGCAAGUGUGUGAAGAGGCUGGACGGCUGCUUGUACGCCAUCAAGCGCUCUCGCCGACCACUCGCAGGGUCUGCCAAUGAGUGAGUCAACACUACCGGCCUCACAUUGUUUAAGAAUAGCCUGGGCCUUAUGAUCAGUGUGAGAAUCGGAAACAGAUCAUCUACAGCACGUGAAAAACUCAUUCCACGGAGGGCCGAGUGUCUGCGGGUUUUUAUCCUCCCUUGUACUUGAUUGAUGAAUUUUAAGGUCACUAAUUAGUAAAGAUCUCCCCUCACCUGGUUGUCUAAGUCUUAAUUGAGAGGAAAAACCAAAAACCCGCAGACACUAGGCCCACUAUGGAAUGAGUUUGACACCCCUGAUCUACAGAUAAUCAAAUGCAGAGGGUCGUUGAGAUGUUCUACUUUAUUAUUUACAGUAUGUAAUGGAUGUGGUUUGAAAAUACGUAAUGAUGUCCCCUUUCGUCCCCAGGCAGCUGGCCUUAAAGGAGGUGUAUGCACAUGCUGUACUUGGACAUCACCCCCAUGUCGUCCGCUAUUAUUCAGCAUGGGCUGAAGAUGAUCACAUGAUCAUACAGAACGAGUAUUGUGAUGGUAGACUGUGGAUAUAUAUUUUUUGUUUCAUUCCCACCUGCACUGUUGGAGCUCGGAGCUUAAGUAUUUCACUGUACACUGCAACUACAUCUGCGACCCUGUGCAUGUGACUAAAUAAAAAUUGAAUCUAAAUGACUGAAUAUUGGCGUGGGGGGGGGGGUUGGUCAGCAAAAUGUCUGGAUUGAUGUAUGAGACUUGUCAUGAAUUUCUUUGCGCUUCUCAAUGUACUGUGUUGUGAACAAUGCAGGUGGGAGUCUCCACGAUGCCAUAGUAGAGAAGGAGGCACGUGGAGAGCUGUUUCAAGAGCCGGAGUUGAGGGAUCUACUUCUUCACGUCUCCAUGGGUCUCAAGUAUAUUCACAGCUCUGGACUUGUGCACCUGGACAUUAAACCCAGUGAGUCUCCUCUUCUCUCUUUACUUAUUCACAUCAAUGUAUGCUUCUCACCUCCACUGUUUCUCACCCCGCUCUUGUUUGUAGGUAAUAUCUUCAUCUGCCAAUGCUCAAGCACAGGUGGAGUGGGUGAGAGUGAGGAGGAAGAGGACGGAGGCCCUUCAACAGGGGUAGUUUAUAAAAUUGGUAAUUGUUGUUUUUCACUUAAUAUCCACUCAUGUUUUCUCUACUAGCUUUGGUGCACUCUGCACUGCAUUAUGGACAUACCAUCUGUGAUUUCUGUUUGUCUCCGCAGGUGAUCUGGGCCAUGUGACAUCCAUCAACAGCCCACAAGUAGAGGAGGGGGACAGCCGCUUCCUCGCCAGCGAGGUCCUGCAUGAGGUACAGUAAAAGUUGUGGAUCUAUUCAGACUACUUUUGUUUGUUUGAAUGUAUACCUUCUAUCCCAUGAUUCUCCCUGCUGUCCAGGACUACAGCAAUCUGCCUAAGGCAGACAUAUUUUCACAAGGCCUGACUGUGCUGCUGGCAGCAGGGGCGCCCCCUCUCCCUCAGAACGGAGAUGAGUGGCACAGUCUCAGACAGGCACAGUUACCCAGCCUGCCCCAGGAGCUCUCCCCUGCUUUCAGAAGCCUCAUUCAGGUACCAUAUGUACUCAUACUUUACUUAACUGUACUUGUUUUGGUCAUGUCUGCACUCUUAUACCUUUGUCUUACUUUUACACCAUCUUUUGUUUUUUACUUCUUGGCAUGAUUUGUAUGUGCUCAAUGAAGGGUCUUAUGAAAUGCCAGCUGGAUAUAUUUUCUGUACUUUCCAAAUCAAAUUGUGUUUAGCAUGUGCCGAAUGCAGCUGGUGUAGACUUUACAGUGAAAUAAUUCCUUACGAAUCUUUCCCAAUGAUGCAGAGUUUUACAAAUAAUAUUAUAAACUGGGUGGUUCGAGCCCUGAAUGUUGAUUGGCUGACAGCAUGGUAUAUCAGACCGUAUACCAUGGGUAUGACAAAACAUGUGUUUUUACUGCUCUAAUUACUUUUGUAACCAGUUUAUAAUAGCAAUAAGGCACCUCAGGGGUUUGUGGUUUAUGGCCAAUAUACCACGGCUAAGGGCAGUAUCCAGGCACCAUAGCCGUGGUAUAUUGGCCAUAUACCACACCUCCUCAGUUACUAUUUUAUAGUUAAACAAUAAGGCCUAACGCAAGGAAUAAAAUACAGAAGAAUGGAGCUAUGUACAGGGAGUACCAGAUCAAUGUGCAGAGGUACAAGGUAUUCACAGCUUAGGAAGGGACAGAUAUUAACCAGUACCACACAAAGCUAAGUCAACACACUGAUUGCCUUUCAUUCUAGAUAUACAAAUAACAACAAAUGUCGUCCCAAGGUUUAUCUCUUGGCAUUGCUAUAUUAGCAGCUUGUUGGGAGUAAGCUCUCUUUGUGUCUCUGUCAGACUCUGCUGGAUCCGGAGCCAUCUCAACGACCCUCUGCGUCAGCUCUAUGCAGACACCCUGUUUUGAGGAAGGAGAGGACUGGGAACCUGGCUGCUCAACUACGCAGAGAGCUCAACGUGGAGAAGUUCAGGACAGCCAUGCUGGAAAAGUGAGGGGAGCGAUGAUGUCAUUUGCAUAGAAGUUGGUUGAACUGGACAGAAUUCUCCACUAGGGGGUGCAGUUUAAUAUGAAACAGAAAAAAAUGCAUUUCACCCCUGUGGCACAAAUCAUGCUGAUUGUUAUAUAUUUAAUUGAUCAAUAAGGCUGGGGUACAUAAAGUAUGAAAGAGACUAAAGUAAUCAUUUAUGCUUUGAAAUUGUAUUAUUAAAGUAAGUGAAUGAUUCCAUGUACGUAAACACCCUCUUGUCGAUUCCUCCACAGAGAGCUGCAGGAGGCUCGUUUGGCAGCACUGUCCCCACAGCAAGCCUUUCCCCCUGGGCUGCAGCAGCCCAUUAAUACAGGGUCCUUGCCCAAAGCUGGGCGGAGGCUGGUCGGUAGGAAUGCUGCCCGGUCCAUGAGCUUCGGCUGCCCAGGGUAUGGAGUGUGAAAGGUGAUCACAUGCUGGGCCUUAUUGGAAGUACCAGAACACUGACUCUCCUCGCUGCAAAGUCUUGGUGUUGCCCCUGACUCAAGGGACCUCUUACACUGGCUAAAUGUAUGUUGGUGAGCAGCAAGGUAAAAGGUUACCAAGAAGAGCCUGUGGUGGUUUAUUUUGUGUGUCAGUGUAGUUGAAUCACAGUAUUUUAGACUAAUUUAUAUCAAAGCGGGAAGGAUUUGAUGCAAAGCUCCAUUAAUUCCUUGUGUAGUGCUUCUGCCUUUUAUCAGUGUUUAACUUCUGUGGAGUAUGUUUUAGUGUGCCAUAAUUUGGGCCAUUGAGAACUGCUGCAGACACCAGUGAGUGCAAUGCCAAGUGAGCAAUGUUUUAUCAACAGCAAUGAUUUGUUGCUUUUUACA